GGCCACAUCAAUGUUCGCGAGAGUGACUUUCUAUCCAACAUUAUUAUACAAUGUGGUCAUGGAAAAGGUGACCAGCAGGCGCUGGUAUGACAGGAUGGAUGAUACAGUCAUCCUAGGAGCCCUUCCUUUCCAAAGUAUGGCGAAACAAUUGAAGGAAGAAGAAAACAUGAAAGGAGUAGUUUCAAUGAAUGAAACAUAUGAACUGAAGAUAUUCUCUAAUGAUGCUGAGAAAUGGCGGGAACAAGGCGUGGAGUUCCUCCAGCUGGCCACGACAGACAUAUUCGAAGCUCCCGACCAGGACAAACUAUACGAGGGAGUCACGUUUAUUAAUAGGUUUCUACCGGCGGACUGCAAGUUGUCGGGCGUGCCGACAGAGUGUGAGCAGGUGAACAGUGGCUCGGUGUACGUGCACUGCAAGGCGGGCCGCACGCGCAGUGCCACGCUCGUGGGCUGCUACCUUAUGAUGAAAAACGGCUGGUCGCCUGCAGAAGCAGUUAACUACAUGCGAAUACGAAGACCUCACAUCCUACUGCACACGAAGCAAUGGGAGGCUCUGGACAUCUUCCACCGGAGACACGUCACCAGGACCUGA